AUGGCCCCUCCAGGAUUCGGGCCGCCUGGGUACUCUGUCCCACAGCGCUACAUGCAUCGCGAACCGCCCCCAGAAGGGUCCGACACAAACACCCGGCCUUAUGCGAUCUUCUUCUCCUACCUGUUGACAUGUCUUUCUGUCGCCAUACUCAUCGUUUUUAGGCUCUUCAAAAGAGCCAAUGUGCUUCAAAAGUCGACAACCGCGCAGCUCCCACCAAGAAGACAUGUCUGGCUGUUCAGUGCACUUGCUUUGGGCAGCUUACUCACAACAUGGACGUACAUGUUCCAAUACUUCAAGGUCAGCUAUCAAUCGUGGCUGAUGUGGCGGAGCUACUACGAACUUGAGCCGCAUCAUAAACAUUGGGGGUUGUGGUUGAAGGAGACCUCCUUGUUCAGGGAAGCAUGGGAGACAGUCAUUGUCGGCAACGCGAGGUACUGGUGGUCACAUCAAAUCUUUUUCUUCGCAUUAGGCCUGGGACUGUAUCUGGAGCAAAAAGGCAUUCGUCGUGGUAUCAGAUAUACCUGGGCGUUCAUGCUGCUCGGCCAGAUUGUAGCCAUCAGCUUUGCUACGAACCUCUUCUUACUCACCCUGCUUCUGAGCCCGCCUGCGCCUGCUCCUUCAUCUUCUGGAGUGCGUCGGCCAACAUGGUUAGGCCCCUGGCUUCUCAAUCUCUUCGCCAUCUUUGCAACGGCUUACCCCGCAAUGCAAUUGGCGGAUGAUCAUUACUGGCAUCAUCCUACACACUUUAUGCCAGUGCUCAUGGCUCCGCACGUGGCUCUAAUGGUCUUGCCAAUAGUCCGCGCUAUCGUGCCACUUGAAUACUUCAACAACGAUACCCAAUUUACCGACAAGAUCUAUAACUAUAUGUGGGUACUGGUUGUUGGGAACGCCGGUUUAAUGCUGGCAUGGACGACCGCAAGAGCAUAUACCUACAGUGGUUUCGUAGGAAUCCAGAGUGCUUUGUUGGAACACCCAGCUGUAAGCAGUGUGGGAUUCGAUGUCAUCUUCUGCUGGAUCACUUGGAUAUGCUGGUAUCUGAUUCAACAGAAACCUGAUUAUGGUGGCGCGAGGCAAACGGCCGAGGUCAAGAGCGCGCGUGCUGACGAUGGACCGGACACCGCUGUAGGAGCCAGUGGAUAUGAUGUCGGAGUGAGACGUCGCUAA